UCAAUCUUCUUCUUACGUUGUGGUCAAUUACAUUCUUUAGUUCCAUUUAUAUCUGUUUAAUUCUGUGGGUGUUCCUGAACAUUUUAGUAUCCUAAAAGCUAUUGUUCCAUAAUAUCAACUUCUUUAAGAAGUCUUUAUUGAAAAGCUUUGUUUACGCUUUUGCUCACAGGGUGUGAGUAUAAGCAUGUCCAAGAAAAGGAAGAAUAAUAAUACCAACAAAACUGUAGCUUCGGAUUCUGAAUCUGAUAGCCGUCCAGUCAAAAUAAUCAAAAGUACCGAUGAGAUCAUGGACCAGAUCAUCGAUGAUCCAGAUAAAAUUUACGAUCUCAAUUUUGUGGAAAGUUUUGAUAUCAUUCAUAAAUGUUGUAAUCUUCAAGACAAAAGAUCUCUUGCAAAAUAUUCCGAUGUUAUUGAAACAGCUGCUGAAAACAUGAAGUUAUUGUACAAUGAAUUAUUAUCUAAAGUUGAAAACUACGAUGUUGAAACUAAAAAUAUUUUGAUUGAAAUAAAAAACAAAUUGAAUUCUCCUACUCCAUACAACGUAGUUGCUGCCAAACAAUCAAUGCAUUCAUCUAUAAAUGUAAAAACUAAAUCAAGUGAAUUGGCCUUAUUUAUCAAAGCUAAACCGGGGGUCGCCAAUUGUGAUAUAAAUUCCAAAGUUAAUCAAACAUUGUCUGAUGUGAGAAAAAACAAGCCUCAUUUAAAGAUUAAUAAAAUCAUUCGCAAUGCGAAGGGCAACAUAAUCAAAAUCCCCAACACGAAUGAUUUGGACACAUUAAUUGAUUACUUUAAAAAACAAGAUCAAAUCAAUCAAAUUGCCGAUGUUUAUGUUCCAAAACCUCUUGAUCCAACUAUUGUUUUGAAAAAAGUUAGCAAAUUUACAAGACAAGAAGAUAUUCCCAAUGUUUUGGCAAAUGUCAAUGAACAACUUAAAGAUAUGCAAUCGGAAAUAAAAGUUUUAUUCGAAUACAGAUCUAAUUUGCAUUUCCGUGAUAUUGUCCUUAGAGUUUCACCAAAAGUUUUUGAUUCAAUCUCUAAUCUUGAUUAUCUCUACACAGAUCUCGAAGCAAUUCAUUUCCAACAUCGAGUGUUUGUUCGUCAAUGUAAAUAUUGUUUCCAAUUUAAUUCCCACAAAUCAACUGAUUGUCCACGUAAGAAUAUCCCAAUCUGUGCAGAUUGUGGCAUGGAAGGAGCACACCAAUGUUCAAAGGUUAAUAAAUGUGCUAAUUGUGUCAACUUUUUCAAGAACAAUGCACAACAAUCAUUGCUGUGUCACAGACCUAAUCAUGAGGCUUGUCCCCUAUACAAAAAACAAAUUGAACGUGUCAUACAAAUAACUGCUUUCAAACCAGUAAAUGUGCCUGCUAGUCAUUCAUUGACCACCAUGAUCGAAGUUGCAACCAAUCAACCUUCCUCUUCCGUUAAUAAUGUUCUACAAAAUUAA